CAGCUGACCUAUCGAUAGCACCCCCACCACCCCACCACUAACACGCUGGAACAAAAAGCAGCAAAAAAAUUAGUUUAGUUAUAAACUAAACGUAGUAUUUCCCACUGAAGAGCGCAAAAACCAAGGCACAGCUAUUAAUGCGGAGAUUCGGGACGAUUUGAUGUCUGCGCUAGCGCCGCCAAGAGCCUCAAUGAAGAACGCCCUGCAGCCGGGGGACAACUACAAUGCGCCACUUGCCACUGGAAGCGAGGAGGAGGCGUCCUCCUUCCACGCGGAGAUCGAUCGCGUUCUGCGCUCGAACAACAAUAACAACGGAAGCAGCGGGAGUGGCAGCGCCUCCGGAGGAUCGGGAGGCAACGAGUCCAUGUGGCUGCCCACCUGCAGCGGGAACAACCUGCUGCUGCAGGGCAAGAUCAACCAGAAUCACCGGAAGUUGUACCCAAGCAAAGUUGAUCCCUCGAAUAUGACGGCCAACGGCGAGGAUCUGCGCCUGUCCAAGAUCAUCCGGCGGCUGAUCAACGAAUCCAAUCCUACGGUGGCCCUCGAGCUAUGUGGCAAACUGGAUCAGGCGGUGCGCACGCCCAUCAACAUGGGCUACAUGUCCUGCUCCUUCGUCUGGAUACUGGAGAGCAUGCUCACCCUGUACAAGCAGUGCCCGCCGGCGGUCCUCGAGGAAUGCAGCAAGACCCUGGGAUUGAUUGGCUACAUCAACCGCAAGUCGUAUCCCAUUUACGAGGAGUUCAUUGUGAAGAACUACAGGAGCAGCAAGCGGAUGCAGAAGUACCUCAUCCUGGCUUUGAGCACCACGCUCAGCUGCGACACCAAAUGCGAACUGCAUCUGUUUGCCGACAAGAUAAUGCUGCUUCUGAAGGACUUUCUGGAGAACGCGGAGAGCGCGGAGAGCUUCACGGCCGUCAGCAAUACUUUGGUGCAAUUCUCGGCCAGCUACGCGGAGGCCUUUGAAUGCCACUUCACCGACGUGGUAGACAUCGUAAUCGGCUGGCAACUGGAGGCCGGUCAGCCGAGGCAACUGAAAGCCCACUGCGCCCAGGUGCUCGAGCAGCUAACCCCCUAUUUCAGCAAGCAGAUAGACUUUAGCUACGGCCUGUUGGCCCAGUUUGUGGAGGAUAUAACCACUUUGGAGGAGGAAGAAGACCCUGCGGCGAUGGCCGAACGUGUGGGCGCCUUUGCGGGUGCCUUUAAUACCCUUCUCAAGUGCCUCGCUCGCAUGCAAAUCUUCGUGGGCAUGCCCACCUGCGAGUGCAUUGUCCAAAUGGCCUUGGAUCAUCUGGUCAAGAUUAUGCCGCAUUUGGAUCAUCACUGCGAUACGGAUGCUUUAAUCAACAUUAACGAGCUGCUCUGCAUUUGCCUGCUGAACAACUUUGGGGGCCUGGAUGCCGGGACCUUGGAGCAACUGCUGCUUGGACAGCUCGAUCAGAUGCUCUCGCUGCGGGAAGUUCAGCGACAGAGCGUCCUUUACCUGCUGCUCUGCACGGUGCGAAGAUUACGCGCCCGUUUGCCGCCCAGUUUGGUCCAGCUGAUCUUCCAAUCAAAUCCGUAUCUAGCGGAACUCAAACGCCAAUCGCCUGGAGGAGCUGCCUACCGGCUGCUAUUGCGCACCUGCCAGGAGACACUGCUCAUCCGGAAUGUUCCGCUGCUGCAGCAGGCCUACAAGCAUCUGGUGGAGGAUAUCAACGGCUGUUUGCUGGAAAUGCAGGAGGAGAACGAGAGUCGGAGAGCCAGCGAAUCUGGCAUCCUGCUCGUUUUCCAUCUUUCCGCUUUGGCUGCUCUGGCCAAGCAGACCUCUUCGAUCAUCGGCAUGUACGCCUGCAAGCCCUCGAUUUUGGAGCUGCUGCUUACUAAUUGUAGGGCCGACGAAUUGAGCUUGUGGAGUCGCUUUCCGGCUGCCCAUCAAGCUAUCCUGGGCCUCCUUGUGGUCCACUGCCAAGCAAAUCACAACUUUCGCUCGAAUUCUAGCCUGCUGCGCGAUCAGGAGAAUACCACGGAGAAUACCUCACCGACGGCCAAUAGUUUCGCCAGCAUUCUGCGCUUCCUGGACUCUGUUUUGCAACAUUCCGGUCAGCUGGCGCAGCAGAAUCUCAAGAUACUGCUGCAAUGGACGCAAAUGCUGUUGAGUGAAUGCCGCGAGAAGGCUGAACUGCUGAUGGAGCAGGCGAAUUUUGUGGGCAUUUGCCGGAAUAUAGCAGCGAGUGCUUCUAAGUGGACUCCCCUGGAAAGUGCCCUCUGUAUACAGACUGUAUUGGAUUACGGCUACGAGAGGCUGAAGCAUUUGCCAGAGCUACUGAUUCUCUACCGCGAUACGGCGCUGCAGCAAUUGCAGAUUCUGUCCACCACGGGACAUGCACCCUAUGCACAGAUUUACGCCCAAUUGCCGCUGCAUUUUACUUUGACCUCUAGUGGUGAAUCAUCGCUGCCCGGGAUGAGCAGUCGGCGCGUUUGCGUCUGGCAGCAGCGAAUGAGUCAAUGCAGCGCAGUGCGCGACUCAGUCUUUCGGGAUUUCUUCGAGCGUCUGCAGAAACCGGAGCAGGAAACGCUGGUCCACAGCCUGCGGGAGCUGUUCGUGCGCAGCUGCCAGGUGGCGCCGCAGGAUGAAAGGCAGGAGAAGCUGUCGCAGUGCACGCGACGCUGUCAGCGUUUGGCCACCGCCUGGCUGCAGUUCGAGGCGGCCAGGUAUUGUGUGGAUCAGCGAUUGCGCACGACGCUGGGGAAGCCGCAGGAAACGUUCCUCGGCUUCGAGGCUAUCAUCAUGCGACAUGCCCGCCUGCUGAGCGGCUGUGCCAAGGAGAUGGAGCGCUCGGCGCUGGACAGCCUGUCGCUGGAGCAGCUGCUAAGCAUGCAGGGUAAUCUAAGCCUCCUGCUGGGCUUCCUCGAUUCGCUGGAGAAGCUCAUCUACAAUGCCGCCGAGGGCAGCGCCUUUGCCCUGCGGCCGCCCGAGAAGCCAGUGGCCGCCUUCUUCCGUUUGAACAACCCCACCUGCCAGUCGUGGUUCAAUCGCAUCCGCAUCGGCGUCGUCAUCAUUGCCAUGCAUGUCCAGCAGCCGGAACUGGUGAUUCGCUAUGCCCAGCAAAUUCUGCUUACGCAGAAGGCGCAGGAUGCCACGUACAGCCAGGCGAUCGUGUACAUGGCCUGGGCGUGGGUCAGUUGCCAGGAGGCGGACUCCCUGCGCGGCUUAUGCCUGUGGGCUCGGGCCAGGAGCAGCAGAUCCUACCAGUGGCUACUCUGUGCGGCGGAUCAGGCGGCCGGGCGGCGGGAAUCAGCGCUGGCCGGCUAUCGAAUCCUCCUGGCCGAUGAGAAUGUCGAGGAUCUGGAGCCGCACACACGGCAAUUCGUGCUGGCCCAGAUGAUGCAGUGCCUCCAGGACCUGGGCCAAUGGACGCAGCUGGUGGAGCUGAAGCAGCAGCAGUUGACGCGACCCGAGGACCGCGAACUGAAUCCCUUCCUGCAGCGCAGCAAUGUGGAGGUGAAUGCGUUGGAAAGGCUGUUGGCGCGAGGAGAGGAGGCGUUUGACGAGUUUGCCGGUGGAUCGGCGAUGCAGCAGCUGAGCCAGUGGCCCACGAAUUGGGCAGAGGAAUCCACAAGGUCGUUAAGCGGACGUGCGAGCUUCUCAUCCGUUCAUGUGCGUCAACGCACGGAGGAUUUGGUGCUGCAGAAGCUGAUGGAGGAGCGCAGUGUUCCCUUGGAGGCGAGGAAUCUGCUGGACAAUCAAUGGCGCGACAGCCUGCUGAAUCCCAGCUGCGAUCAGCGUUCCUGCCGGGAACUAACGCUCCUCCGUCACAUUGUUCAGAACGUCGGCGGUGGCCAGGAGUUGUCGCUGCUGCCGCAAUCGCAAUCGAGCCUCUCCAGCGGCAUUCUAAUGCGCUGCCUCGCCUGGACUCAGUUGCUCCGUCAGCAUUGUGCUAAUAGCAGCUGGGAAACCCUCUGCUUAGAUGCCGCUGCUGCCGCUCGAGAAGAAGGAAAUCUUCAACUGGCGGAGGCUUUGCUAACGCAAUUCUUUGGCCAGCCGCUGGAAGAGAUUGCCAGUCAGUUUUGCCUGGAAGAAGGAGGCCUGCACACGGAGAAUCCCUCGCUGCUGCGUGGCUACAGUGAGCUGGUCAAGUGCCUGCAUCUCAGCGAUUCGUUGGGUAACUCAUCCAUUGAUGUCUGUGCCUCGCUGUGCUUGAAUAUCCAAGGGAGCAGCCAUCAAGCGGAUCUGCUGCUCAAUCUCUCCGAUUGGAUAGCCGCUAGGAGCUGCAAUGGUUUGGCCACCGCGCAGUCGCCGGCGCUCCUUCAACUGCUCGAUCAGCUGCCCGAAUGUCCGCUCAUCUGUGCCGCCCAACCUUUGGCCAUUCCCCAAGCGGAGCGUUUGGUGGCCCGCCUCGUCCAUGCCAGCUUAAAGCAGCGUUCCAAUUGCGAGGAGGCUUUGAUUGCCUACGGCAAUUGGUGCUAUCGCUGGGGCAAGAAGAUCGUGGACAGCGGCUGUGUGCUCAGCCAGGCGGAUGCAUCUGCUCUCAGUGAGGCCCUGGAUCUCGCCCAUCCGCUGGACAGUGAGCAGCUGAAUGAGCUGCUGCAGGCGCUCAGCAUGGAACAGCCGCCGGCGAGCUGCGUGGAGGUUUGUCCCGAGGCGGCGCGUGCACGCGAUGAUGAGGCCGCCAAGAGUUGCCUGCGCCGGCUGGCUUUGCUAGCGGAUAAACCAACGGAGGUUCUCGAUUCCAUCCUCCAGAUUUGGCGAAGAGCCAUAGCCAACACCUAUGAUUAUUACCGCGAUGCGGCACGUUCGUACUUUCAGUAUCUCAGUUUGAAGUCAGGAAAGAGCAGCGAGAAGGAGGAGGCCAUCGAUGACAGCAAUUUAGUAACCACAACUCUACGACUCCUUCGCCUGAUUGUCAAGCAUGCGAGUGGCUUGCAAGAGGUACUAGAACAAGGACUCCGCACCACGCCCAUUGCCCCCUGGAAGGUGAUCAUACCGCAGCUGUUUAGCCGCCUCAAUCACCAUGAACCUUAUGUAAGGAAAAGCGUUUGUGAUCUCCUCUGUCGCCUCGCGGAGAGUCGCCCGCAGUUGGUGAUCUUUCCAGCGGUUGUGGGUGCAAAUCGUGAGCAACAGGAUGCAAGUAGCACCUCGGAGGAUGCCUGCUGCUAUGGCUAUUUGCUGGGAGAGCUAUCGAAACAAGCGCCCGAGGCAGUGCAGCAUGUGCAGCUGAUGGUGAAGGAGCUGCGCAGGGUUUGCCUGCUGUGGGAUGAGUACUGGAUCCAUUCGCUGGCCCACAUUUACAAUACCUACGUGAGCAGGGUGAGUGCACUGGCCACGGAAUUUCGACCCGACGAUCACGAGGGCAAAAACAAUCGGUUUAAUGUUUGGCGACCGCAACUGCUGGCCGAUUUGGAGGCUCUAGCCGCGCUCACCGCUCGUCCAGCGGAAACCAGCUACGAAAGGAGCUUCCGCAAGCGUUUCGAUGCACCUAUAAAAGCUACCUUAGAAGCCCUUCGCACGCGUCGCUAUCCGGAGGCCUGGGACAAGCUGAAGCAGCUCUAUCACAUCCUGCAGUCCAACAUGAUUCGCGGCAGCGGCAGCACCCUCAAAAUGCAGAGCUUAAGUCCCGUGCUCUGUGGGAUAGGGAAAAUGAGGAUAUCAAUGCCUGGUUUGGAUGCCCAUGGUCCAGAUGAGGAUCACGUGACCAUUGAAAGCAUCGAGGGAUCCGUUUGCGUGCUGCCCACGAAGACAAAGCCCAAGAAGGUGGCCUUCUACGGCAGCAACGGUCAGCGCUACACGUUCCUGUUCAAGGGCAUGGAGGAUCUGCAUCUGGACGAGCGCAUCAUGCAGUUCCUGUCCAUUUCGAAUGCGAUUAUGGCCUGUCGCAGCGAUGCCCCUUCGAGCAAUGGUUGCUAUCGUGCGCAUCACUACUCGGUGAUUCCUUUGGGUCCACAAUCGGGAUUGAUUAGCUGGGUGGAUGGAGUCACGCCGCUUUUUGCGCUCUACAAGAAGUGGCAGCAAAGACAGCCAGAAAAAACAGGAGGAGGAGCAGGAGGAGGAGCAGUGAAUACCACGCGACGCUUUACAGAUUUAUUCUACAGUAAACUCUCGCCCCUGCUGGCCAAGCACAAUCUGCUUGUGAGCGAUCCCCGUCGCCAGUGGCCCAUCUCCGCUUUGCGUCAGGUGCUGGCGGAGCUAACCCAGGAGACACCCGGCGAUCUGCUCGCCCGGGAGCUGUGGUGCCAGGCGGGAAAUGCCGCCGAGUGGCGGCUGUCGGUGCGUCGCUAUGCCCGCUGCAUGUCGGUCAUGUCGAUGAUCGGCUAUGUGAUCGGACUGGGCGAUCGCCAUCUGGACAAUGUGCUCAUUAACCUAGGCAGCGGUGAUAUCGUGCAUAUUGACUACAAUGUUUGCUUCGAAAAGGGACGCACGCUGCGCAUCCCCGAGAAGGUGCCCUUCCGCCUCACCCAGAACCUCAUUCAUGCGCUGGGAAUCACGGGAAUCGAGGGCUCCUUCCGUUUGGGCUGUGAAUACGUUCUGAAGGUGAUGCGCAAGGAGCGUGAGACUCUGCUCACCCUGCUGGAGGCCUUUGUCUACGAUCCCCUGGUGGACUGGACCAUAAACGACGAUGCUCAGGCCCUGCGGCGAUCCCUGAAUGCCAAGCAAGGAGGAGCAGGAGCAGCUGGUGGAGGGCCAGGCGGUCCGGGAGAACUCAAGUGCCACAAGAAGGACAAGGGCAAGGGAAAGCCGCACGAUUGGGAUGCCAAGCGACAGCACUUCUUGGGCAAACUGGGUGUGCUGCAAAAGUACUGGGUCACCAAUAAAACGGACAUGCUGCUGCAGCUGGAGGAGAUGCAGCAAGAGGUGGGCCACCUGCAGGAGGCGCAGGCCAAGCAGCUGGUGGCCGAGCAGGAGCUGCUGGAGCUCAAUCAGCGCAGCGCCCUCAUGGCGGAGAUCAAGUCGCUGGGCACGGCGAUGGAGAGCCAUAGCUUCAAUACGGCCUCGCUGCGCCAUGCGGUGCGUCGUGGUCACUCGGAGGCCCUUUCCGCCCUCUCGGCCCAGCGAAUGGCGGACUUUGGCCGGGUGCAGUGCCUCCUGGGCACCUACGGCCAGUGCCUGCAGCCAUAUCACCUGGCCGAGCUGCACUCGCAGCUGGUUCAGCUGCAAAUGGAGUCGAGUCGCACGGAGACGGAGCAGGAGAAUGCCAGGAAGUUGGCGGGAUUCGAUGGCCUCCGCAGCCAAUUAGAUGAGCUGCUCGGUCGGCUGAAUGCAACGGCCCUCCAGAGUUCGGAGCACCUGCAGCAAUAUGCGGCUGUGAUGAACUUCUUCCCGGAGCAGAGUCACCGGCAGAAUCUAUUCGUUCGCUUCCACGACGCCUUUGGAGCGUACAUACAGCAUAAGAGUGGUUCCACUCAGAACAACAGCAAUGCGAACUCACCAUCCAGUUCGAUUAUCUGCACUGCGGAUGUCCUGGGCGUAGCGGAGGCUUUGGAGGCGGCCUGGUUGCGCAUCAGUUGCCAGCUGCACGAGGCAACGCAGCACUGUCCAGUGAAGCAGUCGCAGACUCCAUCUCUGCUGGCCAUGAUUGGCCAAAGCGGCUGCAGUCUGCUGCUUUUGAAGGCCAGCCUGGUGCGCACUUUGGAUCGAGCGGGCGCAGCCUUUGCCGCCUACGAACAGGUGGCUUUAGCCAGUCAGGAUGAGGGCCUGCUGCAGCAUCAGCUGCACUUUAUCCAUUUGGUGCGCUCCAUGUGCCAGGGUGUUCUUUCCAUGGCCUCCGAGCAGGAGGAUCUGCAUCUGGGACAAAUCGAAACGCUACUCGCGGCCCUCUCAAAUCUCAAGCAGAUCUUUGAGUAUGAUCUGCCGGCCAGCAUAUAUCGCCUCCUGCUGCUGCAGCCCAAUCUCGGCCAGCUGAGCGCGAUGUGCCAUCUGAGUGCCGUAAGUUUGGGGCAGCUGUAUCUAGAGGCCACGCUGGAGAAGGAGGAGCAGCCGGCGGAGGAGUUCCCAGCGGAGCGGCGAUUCCUUUUAACACUGCAGCCCGCCUACGAGCAGUUCCAGUUGGCCUCCAGUGCGAUGGCUUCGCUGGUGGCUGGAGUGAAGAUGAUGCUCGAGGAUGUACACGAUCCGCAGGCCCAGCAGUUAAUGGAACUGGAUCUCCUCAAGUCCUGCCACUUGCAACUGGACGACGAGUGCUUCUUUGGCCUGAUCAGCGAUGCUUUGGAGUCCAGUCGCACCUGCGAUGUGCGCGAAAUGGCUCGGCCGGUGGUGGAUCUCGUCCAGCGCCUCCAAGCGGAGAGUCUGGCCGGUUUGCUGCCCCUGCUGGCGCGCAAUUUCUACACGGCCGUCGGUCCGCAGUGUCGACCCAAUGCGAACAAUGCUGCGGUAAUGGGAGAUCCCGCUCAGGCGGAUCACCUGUGCGAGGGACUGUUUAUAUCCCUGCAAUCCGAUGGAGGCCUCCAGCAGCAGCAGGCGGAAAUGGCGCUGCUCAAUCAGCAACUGGAGCUGCACACGCUGGCCGCUUCGGCUCAAUACUGGGCCUAUUCGGAGGCACUGGGCGCCCAGUUGCGCUGCGGCCGACACAUCGUCAGCCGGCCCAAGCUGGCCGCCAUCAUUGGCGAGGGCUGGCAGGAGCUGGACCAGAAUCUAUCCUCGCUGCAGCAGCUACAAGGUCAGCUGGAGUCGCAACUCAGUCAGUUGCAGGCGCAGCGAAGUAACUGGAAUCGCAAUCAUAUCGACAAUCUGCUGCGCACUCAGCAGUCUCACAAUCAGCAGCUAAUGGCUCAUGUUUCGGUGGUGCAACAGCUGGCGGAUGAAGCGGGAGCCGUGUCCCGACUGGAACAGCAUGGUGGAGCUCUCGGCGAAGAGGGACAGGCGCUCGUCGAGCAUUUGGAGCAAUGGCUGGCGGCGCAUGGCCAGUGGCAGGCGAGCAGCUCGCGGAUUAGCGCCGUGGAGCAGGCCGUGGUGGAGCUGCUGGAUCCCGAGGGCGCCAUCGAUCUGUAUUGGCUGGAGAAUGUGCAGGGGCUGCUGGAGGAGCACACCUGCAAGGUGCAGCGCGAGAUUGCGGCGCUGGAGGGCGAGCAGCAGAGCAAGCAUCGCUUCAUUUGCACUUUGUUGAAGGAGACACUGCGCCUGCAGGAGAACAUGCCGCGCUUCCAUGUGCGCAGCCUGUGCUCGGAGGCCCAGGCGCAGGGACAGGGCAAACUGGUGCCCACGGAUGUGCAGUUGCUGUGCGGCCAUCUGCGCGACUGCCAGCGCCUCGUGCAGUCGCUCUUCCUGCGGCUGCAGGAGCUGCGCAAGGAUCUCUGCUCCGAGCGGCGUGUCCUGCAGCCGGCCGUCCUGCUAGGCUGGCAGCAGCAGCUGCAGCUCAUCCUGGCGAUGGCCAACCAGGAGGUCAACGAGUUCUUCAAGAGCAUGGACGACUUUCUGCAGCAUGCCGGCGAAACGGACUCGUACGAGACCUUUACGCAUACGAAGGGUACCAGUAAUCUUCACGAGCAGAAGCGCAAUGCCUACGGCGUCUCCGUUUGGAAGAAGAUACGCAUGAAGCUGGAGGGCCGCGACCCGGAUGGCAAUCAGCGCAGCUCCGUCGCCGAGCAGGUGGACUAUGCCAUACGCGAGGCCACCAAUCCGGACAACCUGGCCGUGCUCUACGAGGGCUGGACGCCGUGGGUCUAAUUCGUCCACACUGGUCGGCCGCAUUUUUGGGCUUUUGACAUCCAACAUGCAUCAUAAACUCGGAGCGGAGAGAGACUACAUUCAACGUUUUGUGGACAGGAUCUCGGUGUUUCUGGACAGGAUCUCGGGACGACCUCCUCCGGACUGUAAGCAGUCGCAGCCUGACGGCAGACCGACUCCCCAAAGGCCACCACAUCUCAACCAAGUGUAGUAGUGUGCUUAAAAAGAAAAAAGGAAUGUAGGAAAUGAUGAAUCAGAGGCGGGAAUCGGGAAUCGGACCCCGUGCUCUUAUCCUGGCCGAAUAUGCCGGAUCAGCCGGAUCAGGACCUCCAGUAGCAGCGGCAGCAGCAGCAGAUCACAUAGCCAAGUGACUCUGAUUGCCGAGUGCGAUCUAUUUUCAAGGUUUCACAUUUGCAAUUUACGUUCUACCGGUCUCCGCCUUUUUGGGAAUAUUAUUGUGCGAUUAUUAUAUAUUCGAUUCGAUUAUA